AUGGGCAACACGAUUCCGGAUAAUUUUCCCCAACGCCGCAGGAACCAACGCAGCAAUAGGAGGAAAUAAUGGCUGGAAUCAGCGCGCUGAAGCGAAAGCGCCAGCAUAAUGAGGACGAGAAGCUGAAUCACACCGCCAGCGUUCAGUUCACGCGAGAAAUCAAGAAGAUCAAGGCAUUCGAGAUUCAGAAGGUGGUCAAGACGCUAUCCAAAGACCCGCAAAAUGCCAAGCUCGCAGCGACAGUCGAGUUGCUCAAGAAUGUGGACGUUGCCCAUAUCGCUCGACGAGCUAUGCUUUCGCUGGGCCUGGACCCUCCCGAAAUCAAAAAGGCGAAGUCGAGUAACAACACACUGGUGGACAACACUGCAAUGCUUGCUUUGGAGUCCACGUUUCUCAAGCACAAGAGGCUGUCACCGCUCCUCAAUACAUGGAAAACCAAGGCAACGGAAAGAGCGGACAAACUCUUCCGCGAAGAAAACGUCCUUCUUAAGCAAGCUCGCGAAAAUUCGAAACAACAGACUCCGACUAGCCGACGCGGCGCUUCGGCUUCCGAGUCCAUGUUCCUCGGCUCUCUGUCUGGGCUCGGUGAAUCGUCUGGCUUUGAGGACGAUAUUGCAGAAUUUUUGGGUGAAAACCACAAAAAGAACCGACCGGGUCAGCGUGCCCGCAAACAGAAGGCGCUGAUGGAAGAGCAGCGGAAGACCGGAAAGGUUCCAGCACCAACGAUACCUCGGGGGACCUCCAAGUUUGGUCCCAGCAGCAGGACCGCAGCCGAACGACCCCCACGCCCUUCGACUACUCAAGGCAAGAUCCGACCCCCACGACCCGGGUCAACUCAAGGGAGCAACCGCCACCAGCACCGACGCGCCACUUUGGAGCAAACUGGCGACCGCGCUGCGGCACCCCGACGACCACCUCCUGCUGCGGCACAAACUAGUCGCCGAGAAACUGCGGAGGAUAAGUCGCACCAUCCAUCGUGGGCUGCUAAGCAAGCCCAGAAGGACAAGGAAAAGGUUGCAAUCCACGCGUAUGCGGGAAAGAAGGUUGUGUUCGACGAUUAGCCAGAGUUAAUGAAAGGGACUCGCUUUCAAGUGCA